GGAGGGAGUCUGAGCUGGGGGCGGUGAAAGGGGAAGUCUUUGUGUGUAUGAAAAGCUAAAGCGUCCACACCCAUCUCACUCGAACAUCGCCUGGACGUAUCUCUGUGUAUCAUCUCAACUUUCACAUCUCAAGACCGUCAGAAUGGCUUUGGUAUCAGAGUUCCUGGGACAACUGUCUCUCAACGUUGGGACCAUAGAGCCCAAGUUCCCCACUGUGGUCCCUGCAAGGGACUUUGACCCUGACAGAGAUGCUGCCAGAAUCGAGACAGCCAUCAAAACCAAAGGAGUGGACGAGCAGACCAUCAUUGACGUCCUGACAAAACGGACCUACGCUCAAAGAAGAGACAUCGCUUUCGCAUAUGAAAAGAGGGCGAAGAAGGACAUGAUCACAGCCCUGAAGGGGGCGCUGUCCGGAUCCCUGGAAACAGUGAUCCUUGGACUGAUGAGGAGCACAUCCCAAUAUGACGCCUCAGAAAUCAGAGGAUCAAUCAAGGGUUUAGGAACAGACGAGGAAACGCUGAUUGAGAUUUUGUGCUCGCGCAGCAACGAUGAAAUGGUGGAGAUCAAGGCGGUUUACAAAGAACUGUUUAAGAAGGAUCUGGAAAAAGACGUCGCAGGUGACACCUCUGGGAAUUUUGCCAAGCUGCUCUUGGCUCUGGUGCAGACCAAGAGAGCUGAACCAACCUCUGUUGUAGACUUUGAAAAGGUCGAUCAAGAUGCCAGAAAACUCUAUGAGGCUGGAAUACAGAACAAAGGAACCGACGUGGUGAGCUGGAUCUCCAUCAUGUCUGAGAGAAGUGUGCCACACCUGCAGAGAGUGUUUCAGAGGUACAAGAGCUACAGCCCCUAUGACAUGCAGGAGAGUAUUGUCAAGGAAGUCAAAGGAGACUUGCAAAAGUCCUUUCUGGUGCUAGUUCAGUGCUUUGAAAACAAACAGCUGUACUUUGCCAAGAGACUGAGUGAAGCCAUGAAGAGCAAAGGAGCCAAAGAGAAGGUGGUGACCAGGAUCAUUGUGUCCCGCUGCGAAGUGGACCUGCAGAAGAUCUGCUCCGAAUACAAGAGCAACUUUGGACAGACUCUGCAAAAGACCAUUUUGGAACACACCAAGGGAGACUACCAGAAGGCAAUGCUCAGCCUGUGUGGACCAGAGCAGUAGAAAUCAAUCAUCAGUAUCAAAAGGGUUUCACCUUUCCACCAUUGGAAAGGUGAAUAUCCCACUUCAGAGGAAACUCUGAGGCUAAAGCCCAUCCAAGUUAUUCCACACACACACACACACACACACACACACACACACACACACACACACACACACACACACACACACACAACCCUUCACACACACAAACCCAAAGGCAACAUUACAGAAGAUAACGUUUUUUGCUAUAUGAAGAAUCUGUAUUACAGCUUAUGUUUGUCGGAACAAACUGGAAAUAAAGUUACAUUGUUGAAGUACUAAAGCCCACUUAGAUUGUUCUUACUUGACGUUUCUAUAUUUUCCACUAGAGGGCGCUGUAGGAGCAUUAAACACAGCUGUAGGAGGCUCCAGCUCCUCUGUGGCACCAGAACAUCUCAUACCUGUGAAAAGCAGAAAAGUUUCAACAUAAUGAAAUAUUUCAUCUGCAAUUAUUGUUUCAUUGUUUUCUUUUCCUGCUAAUUAGAGGUCAUUAAUGAAGUGAAAAUCAAAAGAGCUAAGUACUUUAAUAUAUUUUAUUUGCACAUGAUAAAAAUAAGGUUUUUUUUUGUAUCUUAUGACAUUUAAAAAGCAAUCCCGGGUUAUAUUACUGCUGAGGGAUUUAAAACGUCAUGUGUGUAAAAGUAUGAAUGAUUUUAAGAAUACAGUGUCGUGACCCAUGCAGCAUCUUUCCAUACAAAUAAAUCUUCCUCGUUUUCCA